ACACCUGCCAUACCACUUCACCCCUCAUUGCAGUUCAUUAAAGCACUAGUCAGCUUUACAGGUUCUAUCGGCUUCCAUACCUCUCGAGUCUCCAGUAGUGAGUGAUCAGGAUGACUCAUAACGGAGCGCCACGGUACCUCAAAGCGAGUGCCAUCGUCGGGGCCGCGUUUGCACUGUUCCUGCUCCUGCUGAAUCACGAUCUGGGCUCCUACGUCGGGCCUUUGAUGCCGAAAAAGGCUUUACUCCUACUGCCCAAGAUACAAAACGCACAUACAUAUACUGUUCCUUCUGCGUCGGCGUCUCCCUCCACCCCUACGAGCUUUGAGGAAGAGGGUGUUGCUCGGAGGUUUCAAGAACGGGAGGAGUUCAAGAAGGAGAUGUGCCGGGAGAUGAACACCAGUGGGAAAAUACUGACAAAUUACUUCAUGUAUUACAACAAGGAAUACAAGCUGCUUUUGUGCGCUCCUCCUAAGACAGGCUGCAGUUCGUUGAAACGCCAUCUGUUACGUUUAGUGGGAUUUCCUGAAAACAUUAAUGUCCACUCAGACCAGGCAAGAAGAGCUAUAGCAGUAAGACAGGUCCUGGGAGAUGACUUACAAGAAGUACUGCAGUCUACGUUCCCGUCUACGCCAAGUCUUGCCACCGACCACAAGCUCCGACGCAAACACGAGGAGCCCCAGAAGAAGGCCCAGAAGGAGCAACAUGAGCGGUCCUUGCAUGUGGACGAUGUUGAGAGCCUUUGCCUUGUCGCUCUUGUGGACAAAUACGAAUGCAAACUGAAGUGA